AUGUCAACCAACAUCAAGCAACCACGACGACCACAGAAUGAAGCAGAGCAAAAGGCUCGUAAAGCGAAGCCUCGAUCGGGCAAACCGGCAAACGGCCGCAAGUCAGGAUCUAGCGGAGACGACAUGGCACCGGAGACAAGUCAGGUACCCAAUUCCAAUAAGAACAAUGGCAAGGGAAAAGGUGGGGCCAAAGCCAAGGACACUUCACCGCGAGACCCCAAGAAGAACAAGCCGCGCAAGGACAAGUCUUCCGAAACCACACCGGUCCCGCAGGUCAUUUCUGGUAGAGCCACCCUUCCAUCUGGUGACUCUGCGUUUGCCGGGUCCAGUUUCCACGAAAGCCCCGCAGCUUCUAGCUUACCCCAGCCAUCGUUCGCCAAAACGCCGGAGCGUGCUGCCAAGCCGGAAGUUGCCACUUUACCUCCUCCUCCUCCUCCUCCGUCGUCAGCCAAUGUUCAGAAUAUCCCGCCCUCAAAUAUGAUGCCAAUGCACAAUGGUUAUGGCCACAUGCACUAUAUGCCCAUGCAUAUGCCUAUGCAUUCGAUGCCCAUGGCCCCUAUGGGCUACCCAAUAGGUGCAGCACCGGGAAUGAUGGCAACUCACACUAUGAACCCGCACAUGCACAUGCCGAUGCAUAUGAUGCCGGUGUACCAUCACCCGGGUAUGGUUAAUGGACAGUAUUCUCAACCGUCGUUACAGCCCCAGCACCAGUCUUCGUUUGGCCCCAAUGGUGCAAAGGCCUCUCAGUAA